GUGUGUGUGUGUGUGUCUGUGUGUGUGUGUGUUUGUAUGUGUGUGAAACCCUUUUUAUUAUUGUUCCAGUUAUUGAAAUAAUGACUUAUUAAUAAUGAGCAGUUUAUCCUUUAAUUAUAACUAGCAAGAAAAAAAGAGUCAGAGCAGCUUGUAAAGUGGAUUCCCUCUGGUCUUUGUGAUGAUGAUGAUGAUGAUGAUGAUGAUGAACAUCUCCACAAGGAUCACCACCGACGGACGCCUGAGACCGGAUGCUUGACGCAAACUAAUAAUCCCGUGCCUGCAUGGGGAGGAAAGUUAUUGGGAAAUCCCUCCAGUCUGAAGAAUAUAAAAUGACAGAGCCAUCGCAGAGACAAGGCAACUCCUUGGACAGCCCUCUGGACACCUCCUCUGCAGCAGCAGCAGCAGCAUCAGUGGAAACUCAACAAGUGCUUCUUCCAGCAGCAGCUCAACAUGCCCUCUCAUCUCAACUCGUCCUGGCUCUCUGCGGUGAUGCUGGCGGCUCUGCUGCUGUGUGCUCCCGGUGCUCCGGUUGAAGACUUGCCCACCGACAACCCGGUGUCAGGUGAGCCCUCAGGUGAGGAGGAGGUGUGGCCCUCUGACCUGCUGAGCUCCUCUCGGUACUGGGACAUAGUCAUCGAAGCAACCAAACGCCACCAGCAGGAGUUUGAAAAUGAAUUCCAAAAUGAAGUGGAAUAUAUUUUUCUGGAGCACUACAGGAUCUCCUCACUUCCAGCAGGCUGCCCUCUCUCCAACUUCAGCAAGGAGGCUUGUCUCCACAGGUUGGCACAAGGCCUGCUGGUUUACACGGUUCUUCUCAAGCAUGUGGAGAAGGAGUACCCCAGCAGCUCCAUCCGCUCACAGGCCAGGUACUACAGCAGCAUCCUGAUCAACCUCAUCAAAGAAAAGAUGAGGAACCCUGAACAGGUCACGACACCGACCAGCAGCCAGGAGACGCAGCUGCUGAUGGACCUCGACAACUCCGACACUUUCCAGAGAAGGAUGACCGCACACAGCAUCAUGCGCAAGCUCCACUUCUUCCUCAUCGACGGCAAAAGAGCGAUCUCUAAAAGGGAGAAGACCAGAGGAAGUAUGGCCAACAGGAGCACGCCAACCAUCAGUUUCUAUAUCCAAAAGUUAAAAGAUGGGAGCAUCAACCAGUUAUGAAGGAACACCUCAGGGAAAAGUGGGUGGUAACGCUGCUGCUGUUCUGUUUUUAAGGGGGAAAUGGUGAAAGUGCACUAACUGUACGUUUAUGAUUGUGUAUAUCUUGAAGGCCUCAGGGCUCGAUUCGCCCACUAUUGCGCAACUUAUUUAACCUAUUUAUACGUAAUGAAAAGUGUUAUUUAUUAGUCAUAGGAAAAUCCAUGAUUGUGGGUUUCUUGCACUAAAAAUGCAAUUUGCAUCAGUAGUUUGAUGUUAGUGUUGAUUCAUUUCUGGAUUGUAAAGAUAUUACUUGAGCAGCAUUGUUAGGACUGCAUUACUUUUUAUAUGAAAACCAAUAAUUGUUUAAUCUAUUUUUAUAAACAAAGAUUUUAUAGUACUGUUAAUUAUUUAUUUAAAACUAUUAUUAAACUGAAUUUGUUGUUGAAUUAAUUAGAAUGCUGUGAACGUGUUUUGAACGCACAUGACCAAUAAGUGACUGGAAGAAAUAUUCUGUACGUGUGCGGUAAUAAAAAUAAUCAUCUGAUCAGAUAAGAAACAAGUUUCUUCAUUCCAACACCUCACACAUCGCAUGUAAUUUCAGGGUUGCAACACAUUUUGAAACUAUUUUUCCCAAAAACCAUAAACGUCAUUUGCAGAUUUUGAUCAGUCUCGUACGUGUGUUCAUUGGAAUCUGGAAAAUAAAAAACAGAUGAAACCAAAACCUGUUAUCAGCAGUGAUUUAUUAAUCAAAAAUUAAUAUAUCCUUCCAGAUUUUUGUGUUGGAUUUCCAAACUUAUAACACCAUCAGCCAUACUCUGAAUUUUCUACAUAACCUUUAUCAUUUUUUCAAUGAUGGACCCAGUUUUGGUUGUUUAAAGAUUAAGCGUUGACAUGACUCCUGGUAAUAAAGACAAGAGUGACAUUUCAUUGUGGAUUUAUUCUCAGAAAUCUUAAAUUACAAAUAAAAAGGAAAAACAUGGAAUGAAUCCAAACAUCGCUGUCACACAUUCCCAACAAAA